AAACUACUAACCAUGUGGAACGAGACUGUCGAGCACGAGAACGCAGGAAACGGAUGGGCCGCUGGAGAGUCGUCGUUUAUGACCGACAGAAAGCCUGACUCGAAGGCUACAACUCUCGGCGAGAGGCUCCCAGUGCCGGUCACGAUUUCCAAUCUGAUCGAGCACUUUUCUGCGCAGGAUGACAAGUAUGUCGUCGGGACUUUCCGAUUCGCAACGGUGUUGACCGUCGGUAUUGUGAAGGAUAUCAGUCAGGAUGGGACAACGUACACGUACGACCUCUGUGAUCCAAACAACACGGAGAUGGAAUAUCGUACGCUCAAGUAUGACAAUGAGGGUUCGACAUUCGAUCAUUCUUCAAUUGUCGAGGGAACUCGUGUUCGAGCCAUCGGAAAGCUCAAGGGAUUCGAUGGAAACAAUACCAUUAUGCUGUUCAACAUCACUCCAGUUGAAGACGACAAGGAUUUCACGAUCUUCGAGCUCGAGGCAGAAGCUGCACGUCUGUUCUUCCAAAAGAACGUGAGCGAGAAACUGAAGUCGGUCGACUCGGAUGGCUUCCAAGGAAUGCUGGCACCACCGAAGAGCAGAAUGUCACAAACAUCGCAUCAAAGCUCGCAAGGAUCGGACACCAAGGAGAGAUUGUAUGCUCAACCGCAAAAAGUGAUGACGGGAGCGAACCAAGGAGAUGUGCUCAGAGAGCGCAUUACCGCCGUCUUGAUGGCUGUGCCAGAGGGUUCUCGUGACGAAGGUCGACAUGUUUCGUGGAUAGCUGAGCAAAUUCAAGAAACGAACAUUUCUAUUGUUCGUAAGUGCGUCGGUGAGAUGGUCGAGAACGGAUUGGUCUACACCACUGUCGACGAGGAAACUGUUUCCGCUAUUUAACUGCUGAUUGUAACAUUAUUUUCAUUAUCCUUCUUUCAUCCCACUGGGAAAUUCACUUUUGAUACUCGAAACUAUGAAUGAUUCAUACUUUA